AUGGAAGCUGAAGAAAAGAUGGAAUGUAUCCAGGAAUUCCCUGAACACUAUAAAGUAAUUUUGGAUAGACUGAAUGAACAACGUGAGCAGGACCAGUUUACGGAUAUCACUCUGAUUGUCGAUGGUCACCAUUUCAAAGCUCAUAAGGCUGUUCUUGCUGCCUGUAGCCAGUUCUUCUACAAAUUCUUCCAGGAUUUCACGCAGGAGCCGUUGGUGGAGAUUGAAGGUGUAAGUAACAUGGCAUUUCGCCACCUAAUUGAGUUCACCUAUACAGCAAAAUUAAUGGUCCAAGGUGAGGAAGAAGCAAAUGAUGUUUGGAAAGCAGCUGAAUAUCUACAGAUGUUAGAAGCAAUCAAAGCACUUGAAAUCAGGAACAAAGAAAAUUCAUCGCCCUUAGAAUCAAAUCAAGAACAAGGUAAAAAUAAACCAAAAAAGAGGAAGAUAGCUGAAACCUCUAAUGUUAUCACAGAAACACUGCCCUCUGCAGAAUCGGAGCCCGUUGAAAUUGAAGUUGAGAUUGCAGAAGGGACGAUUGAAGUGGAAGAUGGCAGCAUCAAAACACUUGAAGAGGUAGCUUCUGCAGAGCAAUCCAUAAAGUACAUACAGACAACAGGUACAUCAGAUGAAUCUGCUUUGGCGCUUUUGGCAGAUAUCACCAGCAAGUAUCGUCAGGGAGAGAGAAAAUGCCAGUUCCAGGAAGGUGGUGAUAGUGCAACUGAUCCCUCAUGCAAACAGGUAGAAGGUAUUGAAAUUGUGGAACUUCAGCUGUCACACAUGAACAAUUUAUUCCACUGUGAGAAAUGUAACCGUUCAUUUAAAUUGUUUUACCAUUUUAAGGAACACAUGAAAACACACUCUACUGAGAGUUACAAGUGUGACAUAUGCAAUAAAAGAUACCUACGAGAGAGUGCUUUGAAACAGCACCUCACCUGUUACCAUCUUGAUGAAGGUGGUGCCAGCAAGAAGCAAAGACCUGGCAAAAAAAUACAUGUAUGCCAGUACUGUGAUAAGCAGUUUGAUCACUUUGGACAUUUUAAAGAGCACCUCCGGAAGCACACAGGUGAAAAACCAUUUGAAUGUCCCAACUGCCAUGAACGUUUUGCUAGGAAUAGCACACUCAAAUGUCACCUGACGGCUUGUCAGUCUGGAGCUGGAGCUAAAAAGGGAAGAAAGAAGCUGUACGAAUGUCAGGUUUGUAACAGUGUAUUUAACAGCUGGGAUCAAUUCAAAGAUCACUUGGUAAUACACACCGGUGACAAACCCAACCACUGUACUUUAUGUGAUUUGUGGUUUAUGCAAGGCAGUGAGCUGAGAAGGCAUCUCAAAGAAAUGCACAAUAUUUCAGAACGACUAGUGACAGAGGAGGUUCUUCCAGUGGAAGCUGAGCCAGUAACCUCAAUGACUAUAAUAGAACAAGUGGAGCAAGUCCAUGUCCUACCAGUAAUUCAGGUACAAGUGGAUCCUGCACAGGUAACUGUGGAACAGAUGCACCAGGAUCUCAUACAGGACAGUCAAGUGAAAGGCACACCGAUGGAGGAACUGCAAGAACAGGUGCAGAUUAGUUACUUGGAGGUUGAACACAUUCAGACUGAACAAGGUGCCGAAGUUCAUGUGGAGCAGUUACAUGUUGAGCAUGUAAAUCAGAUACAGAUGGAAGAAGUACAGGCAGAACUUAUAGACAGAACAGACAUUGAACAAGUAGAAUAUGAAAGUGUUGAUCAAGGAGAAGCAGAAGAAAAGGAACCUAAUCAAGCAGAUGGUGCAGAUAAGGAAGAUCAUGAACAAGCUGAAGACUUAAAAACUCAACAGUUAGUGGACACGCAGAAUGAAAAGGUGGAUGACUAG